AGACACGAGGUGUAUAUAUAUAAAGAGGCAAAACUUCCAGUCUCUUGCGUUUUCCGUUUUCUUUUUUUUUUUAACGUCUACGAUCAUUAGCGGAAUCGACGGUACCCACCCACACACACGCACACACGCACGUGUGGCGACAAUGGCAGACUCGCAAUCCUCUGAGCUGCACCUGAACGUGUUGGCCAGUGGACCGCAGCGGCGCGUGAACGAGGUGCGGCGCUUCACCUUGCUCAUGAUCGGUUCCAUCGGCAUGAUCUGCUCUUCAUUCGGCUACGCCUUCAGUCUCGUCAUUCCCAGCAUCCAGACGAAGUACAAUUUCACGCAGCGCGAGACGGCUUCCAUUACGUGCGUUGGCCUCGUCUUUGGCUAUUGCAUGCUCCCCUUUGCUUUCCUCUUCGACUACUUCGGUCCUUUGCCGGUUGCGGUGCUCUCCGUGUUCACGUACCCGCUCGGCUGCAUACUGACGGCGCUGAGCUAUCAGAACGUGAUCAAGGGCACUGUGGUGCGUCUCUGCGUGUUUAACGCGAUGCAGAGCAUUGGUCUCUCUUUCUCGGAUCUUGUCUGCUGCAUGACGGUGCUCGCACACUUCCCGGCGAACCGGGGCCCCGUGAUUGCGCUGCUGAAGACGUGCAUUGGAUUGGGCUCCGCCAUUGUCGGUUCGUUGUACACCGGCUUUUUCGGCGGCGCCCUCACGAACUACCUGUAUUUCCUCGCUGGGCUGUCCUUCACGGUAAAUCUGAUCAGCGCGCGGACGAUGCGGUUCCCGUCCUAUCAGCUGACCGGCUACGAGGAGUCGCAUCUGAGUGCCGAGGAGAAAGAGCGUCGUGUGGCUCGCAAGGCGCAGUACCUCAAGCAGAGGCCCGUUAUGUGGCGCUUCAUCUUUGGCUUCGUGGUACUCGUCGUCCUCAUCAUAUACCUGCCGACCACCUCUGCGCUGAUCGCCUACCAUUCGCUGGGCCGGCGGGUGAAGCUCGCCUUCGGCAUCGUGACAGCGGUGCUGACGAGUCUGUUUGUGGUCAUCGCGAUCCCAUUGCCGGCGGCGGUGACGCGACACAUUUCGUGGUGCAGGCGUGAGAAUGAGAGUGACAGCGAAGAGGCGGAGGAAGAAGUCGCUGCGGCCUUCGCGGACGAUCUGCUGACCAUUGAAGACGGCCGCCGCGGCCACCCGCGCUCCUCUGCCUCCGAGAACGAGCCCUGCCAGCCGGAGAAGCGCGCGCUGCAGGCGGGGAAUGGCGUGCUGGAGGUCAGCAGCGAUGAACACGCGAGGCGUAGCCCUCACCGUGUGGUAGAGACGGAUGUGGACUACCUCGCUCCGCAGUACCAGGGCGACUUCCUGCAGAAUCUGCGCACGCCAGAGUUGUGGACGCUGUGGUGGACGCUGUUCUGUGUCAUCGGCGCCGAGUUCGUCAUCAUCUACAACGCCACCUUCAUCCUGGGCGCGCUGCAGGGCAGUAAGCCUUCCACCUCCUUAACCGCGCUGCUGACGGUGCUGAACGGCGUGGGCAGCGCCGCGGGUCGGCUGGUGAUGUCCGCUUUCGAGGUGUGGUCGCAGAAGCGCAAGGCCGAGGACCGCAUCCCCAUCACCAUCGCCUUGUUCUUCCCCACGACAACCAUCAUUGUCGCGCUGAUCUUGUUUCUCGCCUUGCCGGCUGCUGCGCUGCCGCUGCCGUACGUUGUCGCCGCCUUCGGCAACGGCUUCUGCGCUGCGUCGCAGAUCCUCGUCACACGCACCAUCUUCGCGAAGGACCCUGCGAAGCACUACAACUUCUGCUUCACCUCGACGAUGGUGGCCACCAUCGUGCUGAACCGCUUCCUCUACGGCGAGUGGUACACUGUGCAGGCCGAGAAGCAGAACCACGGCAACAACCUGUGCUUCGGUAAGGUUUGUGUGCUGAUGCCGCUGUGCGUGUUGCUUGGACUGUCCUGCAGUGCGUUCAUCACGGAUGUGUUCCUGCACCUGCGCUACCGGGCGUACAGCGUGAAGGUGCUGGCCGAGCGGGCGCGUCUGCGCGGCAAGGCGGUGACCACCGCGAAGGAAACCGAAGCCGAGCUGGGCGAGCUGGACGACGGCCUCGGCGCCGCGGCGGAGGCGGGCACGCAGCAGGCGCCCCACAAGGUCUAA